GGCUCCAGAAGUUUGUGUUUUGAAAUUUGUGUGAAGAUAAAUUGUCCUAUUUUGCCUCUUUUUCACCAUGUCCGAAGAAAAUCACACACCAGUCGAAGACGGCCUACUUGAGGAAACGAAAGAAGAUUCGAGUGAAUCGAAAUCAACUGCUGACGUUGACCAAACACCGACGAUUGAGGAGGAGACAGAGGCCGAACUGGAAGAAUCAGAAGAUGUGCAAGCCAUGAGAGAGGAGCUGGACAAGAUAAAAAUAGAGCCCCCAAAGAUAGAUUUACCCGUAUUUGAAAACUUAGAUGCCUAUCCACUAUCAUAUAAGGAAAAUGACAACAAAGAAACAUUAGUACUACAGUAUGCCGAAAACUUUAGGCGACAGUUUGUUCAUCUGUACAGAGAUCGCAAACCGUUAUUGUUGAACCCAUUGAAUGAGUGUGGAGUUGAGAAAUUUGUCUGUACAACAAUCAGACCAACAUUAUUGCCGUACCAGGAAAUGUACGAUUAUGAUGGAGCUGCAGAAUUUGUUGCUGAUUACAUAACCUUUGUGCCUCUUGCUCCUCCCAUUGAAUUGCCCAAGACUUUGUUUUCCCCUGCCACUGUGUUAGCCAAACAAAAAGGCCACUGUUUAGAAAUGAGUACUUUGCUGUGUUCGCUUUUAUUGGGAGCUGGAUAUGAUGCGUAUGUAGUAUCUGGAUAUGCCACUAAAGAAAUGUGUCUUUGUGAUGAAACUAGAGAAAUAUGCCCCCUAAUGCAGAAAAAGAAAGAGGUUAAAAAAGAAGAGGAAACAAAAGAAUCCAAGAAAUACACUGUGAAACCGGCCAAAGAUCUAAGGAGUAAGUUUAUUAUGAAACAAGAACAGAGAAAAAUAGAAGAGCAGGAGAAAGAAAGGGAGAAGAUCCGGAAAGAGGAAGAAGAAAAACAAGCUGAAUUAGAGAAGCCUCCACCUGAUGAUCUGUUUGGUUUGCGUAUCCACAGCUGGGUGUUGGUUCUCUCAGGAAAACGUGAAGUCCCAGAGAACUUCUUCAUUGAACCAUUGUCGGGCGGUUCCUUCCCAACAGAUGAUGAUAAUUUCCUUGGUAUAGAAUCGCUGUGGAAUAACACAAACUACUGGGUGUGUAUGCAGGAUUGCUCUAAUGGAUGCAAGGACUUGAUAUUUGAUUUAGGAGACUGCUCGAAAUGGGAGUACAUGUUCCCGCACAUUGAGAAGCCACAGUUACAGAUACCCGAAGUGGAGGAAGAUGCUCUGGAUUUUGAUGAUGAUGAGGAUGAAGAAAAAGAGGAAGAAAAACAUUUAGAUCUGCCUCCUUCAUGGGUAAAAACACUCUGUUUAACCUUGAGAGAAUUCCAAACACGGUGUCCAUCAGGCAAAAAGACCCUGCUCUACAAAAGAGCCAAACUUGAGAAAUUUGCUGAGUAUCUGAAUAAAAAUGGGCUUGUAACAAAGCUGUCUGUCUAUGAAGACAAAGAAUUACAGCAGUUGGUUCGAAUUAAAGAAUGGUACUCCAACAGACUUGACAAAUUGCAACUACGAGUUCAUAACCAUAGAAAGGGAAUCGUAACUGAGUACUAUGCAAGUGGUAGAUCACGUCAUCUAAAGGAACAUAUUUAUAAAGCAGUAACACCAGGACCAGAAAGUGAAAGGACCAUGAUAUUCUAUCAUCAUGCCCGCGUAGAUGGUCUGAAGAAACGAGACGAAACUGCCACAGAAAUGACAGAAUAUUUCGUUGAUAGAGAUGACUUUCUCUAUUAUCGCCAUGUAGUGUUUGGCAAAAGACCAAGAAAACUAGAACCAGCUGGUUCAAAUCCAAACUCCAACCCCAGGCCAAUACUGAAAAUAGUUGAUAGGUUUCACCGCAAUAAAGCAAAGCCCGCCAAUGAUGAUGUUGCAGAACUGAUUUUCAUGAUGUCAGAGGAUCGUAUUCAAUUAAUGUUUCACCACGAAGACACAAAAAUAUCGGCAUCCACCAGAGAAUUCUUGAAGCCGCCAAAUGCUAACGAUAAAGGAUCUGUUUUAACGAUGUCUCCCGAUAUGACAUCAACAUUCCAGGUUGAUCCUAACAGUAAGCAACCAAAAGACUUAAUCAUUUAUCAGAUGUUGGUAAAUCUCUUAGAAAGGGAAGAGGCCACAGUGAACAUGGUCAGAGAUUCGGAAGAAGAGGUUCGUGAAAUCUUGAGCGACCGAGAUCAUGAAGAGAGCGUGUCCGAGCUUUCUAUAUCUGUGUAUGACACAGAGAGAAACGAGAAAGCCAAACAGCAUAGGAAGGAAUUAGAGCGUUUGCAGAUGGAGGAAAAGAUGAGACGUGAAGAAAUGGAACUUGAUUACUUAGCGCCGUUCUUAGCUCAGAUAGGGGACCCUGAAAAGAUAGUCAAAGCACAGGCCUUCACUCUGAAAGAGGAUUGCUUAGCAGACCUCAAGCAUCGCUUGAUUGAUAAGGCCAAUCUCAUCCAAGCUAGAUUUGAAAAGGAGACCACAGAAUUACAGAAGAAACAACAAUGGUAUCAGCAGCACCAGGUUUCUAUGAACAAGGAAGAUGAGGAGGAAUAUCUUAACUACUGCAGUGAAGCCAUGUUUAGAAUACAUAUUCUGGAGCUUAGACUUAAUAGGCACAAAGAAACUGCUCCGCAUAAAUACAUGGCAUUAGAACAAAAGUUGAGAACAGACUCGAGAUUGGCAGAGUAUUUCUGAUUAAGGAAGUGAUAUUAUUUAAUGCAGUCUUUUUUUAUACACAGCGUUUUAAUCUAUAUGCAGAUACCCAGACGCUUUUUUCUUUUGUGUACAUUUCAUUCAUGUGAAUAGGAAAUUAGGACAGUAAGUACAAUAGCAAAAAUUGUUUUUGAACUCCAAGUGAACUAUAAAUGCAUCCUUUGUAUUAUAUUGUUAUAUAUUUAUAUUGAUACCAAUGUCAGGUUGCUAUGAAUAAAAUGACAAGGGACAAUACUUU